AGUUCAAUCUCAGUAUCCCCGUUUUAUAAUCAGAUAAGUGGUGUCAAAUAAAUAGUUUCACAAUAUCUUAAAAUACUAGUUAUUGUGUACCUACAUAUACGUUCGGAGGAGAUGGAAAUUCCUUCUUUUUCGUUUCUAUUCUUUUUGCUUUUUGCGCGAGAAUGUGUGUCGUACACCUUUGAGGAUUACAAAGACGCAAUCUCGAGCGUAGGCGAUGACUGUAGUGCAGCGUUUUCUUCUUUAGAUGUGAUAACAAAGUUCAAAUUUUUUGAUGCAUCCGCCAGAAUUCCUGUUGGUAUUCUUCAAGGACACUUCAAUACUUUAGGAGCAUAUGAUGAAUGCAUCAACAUUGAUAUCCCAGAAAAAAAAAUUCUUGGAAAAUACUGCACUGCAUCUAUAUCAACAUCUUCAUUGCUCAAUCAUCUGAAUGAGAGCCGUUCCCCCGUAAAUAAAAACUUAACUGCUAAUUUUAAUGCAGCUGAAAAUGUAGCACAGACACUUCAACAUGUAACACCUUUAAGAGGAUCGAAAAAAUCUGUUCUGCUACCGUUUAGCCUUGGAAUUUGUCUACCCAAGCAAUGUAGUAAUAAUUCUGCUUUCUUGAAAUUACUGCAUCUUCAAUUUGAUGAAACAUUAUGUAUCACUAAAGAAUCCUACAGUGAAAUGACAACGAAGGCUAGGAUAUCAUGGUAUGUCAUCCUGGCCUUUUUCAUAGUGGCAGUCAUUUCAACGAUUUAUGAUGUCGUCAUAGAUUAUAAUGGAAAAGAACCUUAUCAUGACGUACUUGUGGCAUUUUCUUUCUACACUAACGGAAAAAAGCUAUGUCAAACAUCAAGAAACCCAAGUCAGUUGUUAUGCUUGAAUGGCUUGAAAACAUUGAGUAUUAUAUGGGUUAUAGCAGGACAUACAUAUGGUUCUAUUGUGGAGGCUUCAAUAGAUAAUUAUUUGGACCUUAUACCUUGGAUACAAAGCUAUUCAAGUAUGAUAAUUCUUGGUGCAACCGUUUCAGUGGAUUCAUUCUUCACGAUAGGUGGAAUAUUGAGUGUCUAUACUUUGCUGAGAUCACAAGAUCCUGGCUUGAAAUCUAAUAUCAGAAAUAUACCUCUGCUAUAUCUACAUCGAUACCUGAGACUGACACCGGCUUUUGCUAUCAUUAUUUAUAUUAGUUGGUCUGGAUUAGUACCAUAUUUUGCCGACGGACCUAUGUGGCAUAUUGUUAAGACGAAUGGAGUACCUUGCGAGCGAUCGUGGUGGGCAGCCCUGCUUUAUAUUCAGAACUAUCGUAGUGAGGAGUGUGUUGGACAGAGCUGGUACCUUUCAGUUGAUAUGCAACUCUUCAUAUUGUCACCACUAAUUUGGAUUCCUUUACGCAAGUGGCCUGAAUUGACUUUGAAAGUAAUGUAUGGACUGGUACUUCUGGGAAUAGUCAUUCCGUUUGGAAUUGCAUUCUAUUAUGAACUUCCCGCAACAAUUAUUGGGUCUCCUUCUCAUGGCUUCAUGGAUGUUUACUACAUGAAAACUCAUGCAAGAUUCGCUACAUACGUUAUCGGUAUGAUUGCUGGAUAUUUCAUCUAUCAUGCCAAACAAAAGAAGAAGAUAGUUAUAAACCCAGUUGCUCUUUUCUGGCUUUGGAUGAUAACUUUGAUUGUUCUUUAUGGUGUUGUUUAUAUUGGAUAUCCUCUAGUAAUUAAGGAAGCACCUACUCUCCAAGGGUUCCCAACCGACGUAGAUGAAGCCACCAGAUGGUGGAACUCAAUAUACAUAGCGCUCAGUCGGCCAGCAUGGUCAUCCGCAUUAGCUUUACUCAUUUACUUGUGCGUUACAGGAUAUGGAGGUCCUGUAAAUUGGUUCUUAUCUGCUAGCCCAAUGCAAUUUUUGGCGAAGCUUUCCUAUUGUAUGUAUUUAAAUCAUGUUAUAUUCAUUCUUAUCCGCAUGGGACAAACAAGAGACACUCUUCAUUUUGGAGAUUGGGAAAUGAUCAACAUGUUAAUAUCCAUCAUAAUGGUGAUAAUCCCAGCCUCCAUCGUUCAGUCCUUAUUAUUCGAAUCUCCAAUGAUACGCAUAGAGAAAAUUAUAUUUGGAAAAAACAACACUAAGAAGCAUGAUCUGAGUUCUUCGACAAAUGAGGUAUGAUAAUCAACAUUGAAGAAAUUCAACAGAGGAAGGCUUAAUGAAAAUUUCUCUUGUGUGUGUAUUAUUAUCAGUCUGUGAUAAAGAAAUACAUUUAAAUUAUUCUUGGAA